AUGGCGCUCUGGUUGACUGUGGUCAUUGCUUUCACCUGCCUUAGUGGCCUUGCCUCCCCAGGUCCUGUGCGUAACUUAACAACCACCAAGGAGCUCAUUGAGGAACUGGCCAACAUCACCCAGAAUCAGGCAUCCCUUUGCAAUGGCAGCAUGGUAUGGAGCGUCAACCGGACCACCAGCAUGUACUGUGCAGCUCUGGAAUCUCUGAUCAGUGUCUCCAACUGCAGCGCCAUCCACAGGACCCAGAGGUUGCUGAAAUCACUGUGUGCUCAGGAUACCUUGGCAGGGCAGAUCCCCAGUGAGCGCAGCCAGGACACCAAAAUUGAAGUGAUCCAGUUGGUGAAAAACCUGCUCACCUAUGCACGGGGUGUUUUUCGCCAUGGAAAUUUCCCAUGAAGCAUGAAAACCUAGC